CUCCGCUCCUCCCUCAGCGCCUGCUGUCCGCGGCUGCGGCGGCUGCCGGGGCUUGCGGGGCUCCCGACUGUGCUGCUUGGACACCCGCUCCGCCCCUGGGGCUCCUGUGGCUCCUGCGAGCCUCGGCGCGGGUCAGCACCGGCUCCUCGGACCAGUCGCGAUUUCGGCCUCGUCCUGAGAGCCCUGAAGGUCCACAGGGAAGCAGCGGACACGGAACGCAGCGUUUCGGUUCUUACAAGCGCUCCAAAGCGCUUCCCAGCUCCUCUUGUGGCAGCAUAAAGUCAAAUACUCGGGGGUGUAAACGGGCAGUAACAGUGGUUCUGAGAAAUGGACGAGAGCACUUUUCAAGCUUAUGAAGAAGAAAUCCAGGCACUGGAAGAAGAAAUUAGGUUGUUGACAGAAAAGUAUGAAGAUAUCCGACAAGAAUCCACCUUCUUUUCUGAGGAGGAGAUACUGAAGUCAAUAAAAUCAUUCCAAAGGGAAACUCAGGGAGAAACCAGGGGACAUGAAUCUCCAUCAGACCUGAAAGCUCAGCUUGAAAGUCUAGAAACAGAUCUCUCAUUUUUAAUGGAGCUUACUGGGUUUCAUUUCACAAGUCAUUCCAAGAAAACAGUGGAAAAAACUAGAGACAGGACGGUGCAGAAGCAUAGAUUAUCAGGGAAGUGUUACUCCUUCUCUUUUCAACUGGAAUUCCAGCUUCUUGAAAUGCAGAACAAUGAGAAAGUGUCUGCUGUUGUUAGUGAUCUCAGCAUUAUAAUGGAAUCCAGAGAAGAUUCAAAUAUGAGCAAGUUUGUUUCAAGCACUGAAGAACGUGGAGAUCUUCUAACAUUUUUCAGAAGCCUUUUAACCUAUGCUGAGUGGCACGAGCAUCGUAGACGGACCUUCCUGCAUUUCAAGGUAGUGUCUAUCAAGCCUUUAUUUAUUAUUACAAUAUUUAUUGCUUUAAGAAGUUUAUUAAGACAGAGCAUUGGAGGUGAAACUGGCUGUCUUUAUCAGAAUAUGUCAUCUUAAUUUUGUAUGUGGUGGUAAAAAUUUGUGUUGUGGUUAUGGGGAAAUUGAGCAGAAAUUGCUGUGUUCCUCAGGGGUGGAGUAAAAUAAGACUGUGCCUUUCUGUGAAGGAGUAAGACAGUUGCUU